AAUGAUUAAAACUGCAUAUAAAAAACAGCCACUCAUUCCUAAAUUAUCUAAUCUAACUUCUGCUAUUGAAAUAUAAUAACCGUUGUCUUGUAGAUAAUAAAAAUAGACAUAUGUUUCUUUUAUUUAACCAUCUAUUAAAACUACAAGACUUAAAGAAAAUAAUUAUAAAUAUACCAAAACUCCAACAAAAUCAGAUCAUACUAAUUUAAAUGUUAGUAAACAUAGUAGAUCACCCAACGGUUCUCAAAUAUAAUCUAGUCAAACAAUUUUAAAUGUUUUAAAUCAAAAUAUAAAAUUAAGAUAAUAACAAUAAUCAUAUUAAUGUUCAAACUAUAAAUCAAAUAAUGUUACUCCAUAAAAGUAAAUUUAGUAGGAAGAACAGAAUAAAAUUGAUAAAAUCUAAACUUAAGAAUUGUACUAAUAAAUAAUCAAAUAAAGACAAUAAAGUAUUCGAAAUAUUUAAUAAACUAUUAAUUGCAUUAAUCAUGUAGAUAAAAAAGCAAAAUUUUUCAAGCUAAAUGAAAAACAAGAAAAAUAAUAUUUCUGUUCUCUUUGUGCUAUUUAAGAAGCUUAUGAAGGAUUAAUAUAUGAUAUGAAAACUAAUUAACUGAUUCCUAAAAAACACAAUUAAAAUAGUUGGAUUUUGAAAUAUGAUGAGCCAACUACUUAGGAAUAGAAUAAGAAAAUAUAAUAAUUAAAUGAAUUUUUAGAAUUAGCUAGAUAAUUAUAUGACUCUGCAAAAAUUAAAAAAGAGAUCUCUUUAAAAUACAAUGUCCACGAAAUGCUUGCUGAAAUUGAAAGUAUUAGUUAGGAUAUAAUGAACAAUGCUUAAAAUAUCAUACAAAAUGUCGAAUCAAAAUCAUUCCAGAUGAUACUUUAAAAUUAUGUUAAUAGAUUGUAAUAAUUUGAUAUAAUAAUUAACAAACAAAAUAUUGUUAACAAAUUACCUUUGAAAAAGUAAGUUUUAAUAAGUUUUUAAAAUAAAGAUAGUUUUGUUAAUCCUGAUUAAAUGGAGUUUACAGAUUCGCUUAUGUUAAGAGAAUCAGAAACAUAACAUUUUUUGGAUGAUUGUAAUGAUGUUACUUUAUAUUCACCAAAUUUCUGA